GGCCUCUCCGCUUUGGGUUCCGCCCUCCAUCUCAUAAUAACAAAAACAGUAGCUUCAGCCGCUACCGUUAGCUAGCCCGCUCACUGGCGCGGGUCUCUGCGGGGUAACACUGAGCGCCGUGCAACGCAACAGCACCGGUGCACUCGUGCAUGCUGCUUUCUAUCCCAACAUCCGGGUCGGACUAACCGCCGGCUCGCGAGCGGAAUGCAACCUGCGCUGCACGGCGGCCUGUCGCGGGACAGGAGCACCGUUACGGCUCGAAGGGGGCCGGUGUUACGAGCCCGCUGCGGUAAACAGAGAUUUCCAUGUCUUUCUUGUGAGAGAAUCCAAACAGGAUCAUCAAGACGACUCAUUGUCCGUUACUGAUUGUCUGCGACUGAUCCAGGCAGGAGUUCCUUGUUGGGUGACCCGCUCUCCUUCUCAGGGGCCAUGGAGGAGAUGGGGCAGCAGAGCUUGGAAUGUAUCCAGGCCAAUGAGAUCUUCCCCAAAAAGUCUCCCGUUCUGGAGGAAGAGAACAUGCAGGUGCCCUUUCCUGAGCUGCAUGGGGAGUUCACAGAGUAUGUGGGGAGGGCAGAGGAUGCCAUCAUCGCCGUGUCCAACUACCGCCUACACAUCAAGUUCAAAGAGUCCGUCGUCAACGUUCCUCUUCAGCUCGUAGAGAACGUGGAGUGUCGGGAGAUGUUCCAGCUCCAUGUCACCUGUAAGGACUGUCAGGUCGUCAGGUGUCAGUUCUCCACCUUCGAGCAGUGUCAGGAAUGGUUGAAGCGCCUGAACGUGGUCGUGAGCCCUCCCUCUCGCCUGGAGAACCUCUUCUCCUUCGCCUUCCACGCCUGGUGUAUGGAGGUGUACGCUGGCGAGAAGGAGCAGCACGGCGAGCUCUGUCGACCAGGGGAACACGUGACUUCCUGGUUCAAGAACGAGGUUGAGAGGAUGGGCUUUGACACCCAGAACGCCUGGAGGAUAUCUGACAUCAACAGCAAGUUCAGGCUCUGUCCCAGCUAUCCUCAGCAGCUCUUGGUGCCGGCCUGGAUCACUGACAAGGAGCUGGAAAAUGUGGCCGCCUUCCGCUCCUGGAAGAGGUUUCCUGCUGUGGUUUAUAGGCACCCGACCACUGGAGCUGUGAUCGCCCGCUGCGGUCAGCCAGAGGUCAGCUGGUGGGGCUGGAGGAACGCCGAUGACGAGCACCUGGUCCAGUCCAUCGCCAAGGCCUGCGCCGUGGACGGCAGCUCCCGCAAACACAUUUCCAACGGCGGCUACACCAACGGCACCGACCUGCCUGACACCGACUUUGAAUCCUCCAUGACCAACAGCUCGGCGGUGACGUUGGCCACCCAGCCCCACAAGUUACUGAUCCUGGACGCCAGGUCCUAUGCUGCUGCCGUAGCUAACAGGGCCAAAGGGGGAGGCUGUGAAUGUCCAGAGUACUAUCCCAACAGUGAGGUGGUGUUUAUGGGCAUGGCCAACAUCCACUCCAUCCGCAAGAGUUUCCAGUCUUUACGUUUCCUCUGCACUCAGAUGCCUGAUCCAGCCAACUGGCUUUCCGCCCUGGAGAGCACCAAGUGGCUGCAGCACCUGUCCCUGCUGCUGAAGGCGGCGCUGCUAGUGGUCAACGCUGUGGACAGAGACCACCGGCCCGUUCUGGUGCACUGCUCUGACGGCUGGGACCGCACGCCUCAGAUCGUUGCUUUGUCCAAGGUGCUGCUGGACCCGUACUACCGCACGAUUGAGGGCUUCCAGGUUUUGCUGGAGACCGAUUGGCUCGACUUCGGCCACAAGUUUGCCGACCGCUGCGGCCACGGAGAGAACUCUGAGGACGUGAACGAGCGCUGCCCUGUCUUCCUGCAGUGGCUGGACUGUGUUCACCAGCUGCAGAGGCAGUUCCCAUGCUCCUUUGAGUUUAAUGAGGCCUUCCUGGUGAAACUGGUGCAACACACCUACUCCUGUCUGUUCGGCACCUUCCUGUGUAACAGCGGCAAGGAGAGGGAGGACCGCCACGUCCAGGAGCGGACCUGCUCCGUCUGGUCGCUGCUGAGGCCGGCGAACCGCGCACUGAGGAACAUGCUGUACUUCUCCCACUCCGAGACAGUUCUCCACCCGGUGUGUCACUUACGCAACCUGAUGCUGUGGACGGCGGUCUACCUGCCCAGCUCCUCCCCCACCACCCCCUCAGAUGAAUCAUGCGCCCCCUACCCUGAGGAUGUGCCCCUGGGCAGACGUGCGAAGACUCGCUCCUUCGACAACUUGCCCAGUGCAUGUGAGCUGGGAAGCUCUCUGGCGCCGAACCGCCGCUCCAGUGACCCGAGCCUUAAUGAGAAGUGGCAAGACCACCGGCGUUCUCUGGAGCUCAACAUGGCAGCGGGGCCCGAGGGAGGGGGAAACCCGGAUCAGGAGGUGCGGCCUAACGGAGUGGGGCCGCACCCAGACGGCGUCGACUCUGAACUCGAGGACAGCCCGCAGCCGCGGGGCUCGCACUCUGAGCUCGGACAGGAAGCCUCUGUGUGCACAGUAGCAACAGGAGAGGAAGCAAAGGAGGCGGAGCUCUCUGUGGUGGUGGGCGUGGCGGAGAACCAAACGGAGAACAUCCUUCAGGAAGCCACUAAGGAGGAGGCGGGAGCAGAUGUUCGGAGAGAGGGAAGUGCUGCGGUCAAACAUGUCACUGACACCGUUGAGUCAGAGGAAGUAGCUCAAGUCGAGGAGGAGGAUGAUCGGUGUGCUGAGGUCAACGGGACUGAGAUCCAGAGAGAAGCACUUGCCAAUGGUCACCAGCCGGUAAAUGGCGUAAUGGAAGCUGAGGAGAAUGAUGCGCCUCCCCGUCUACCCACACAGACGGCAGAGGAGCUGGAGCAACAGGCAGCUGAGGACGUAGAGAUCCCUUCUGUACAAGAGGAGCGUGCACAUGGACCCAGUGCGUCCGUUUCAGAUGAGCCAGAACAGCUUGCAGCCCACAGAACUAUUACCAACGGCUUUGUGGACAGGUCGCCUGAAGAGCCCGAUGGAGCUGAGGAGACCUGCCCUGACCCCGGGGUCACAGAGCCAGUGGAGGAGGUGGACAAGAGGGCCUCCCUGAUGGAAAGCUCCACAGAGACUCUCACUGAAGAGGCCUGCAGCAGGAUGGAGCCCCCCCCACAGCCACCUGCUGGGCCCACUCGUCAGCCCUGCAGUGAUGGCAGGAACCAACCGCCGUGCUCCAGGAAGGAGCAAGGGGUGGAGGCAGGCGAGCACGGCUUCAUCAGAACUUUAAACGGGGGCUGCAAGCGACCCCCUGUCGGUGCCUUUCAGUGCGUCAGCGCUGACCUCAGCGGGGACGGGUUUUAUAAUGGCGACAGCUGCGACGGGGAGCCGUGCGGAGGACACCACUGGGUCAAGGGGAACGGAGAGCGGGUUCCUCUGAGUCGACAGGUGUCCCUCGCGAGCUGCAACUCCCUGAUCCUCUAUCCACGAGGGAGCUGCUCCCAGCACCGCUGGUGCCACGCCCUGCUGGGCCGGGCCGCCGUCAGCCCGGAGCAGCCGCCGCGCAGCCAUCUCGACGACGACGGGCUGACCCUGCACACGGACGCCGUCCAGCAGAGGCUGAGGCAGAUCGAGGCGGGACACCAGAUGGAGGUGGACACUCUGAAGAAGCAGGUGCGGGAGCUGUGGAGCCUCCUGGAGAGCCAGCAGCAGCACGCCGGCGCCCACCGGUUCAACGGAGACACGGGAGACGAAGCGACCUCCAUGACGGACUACAACCUGGACCCCGACUGCCUGUCGCGCUGCAGCACAGAGCUGUUCUCCGAGGCCAGCUGGGAGCAGGUGGACAAGCAGGACACGGAGGUGACUCGCUGGUACCCGGACCAUUUGGCAGCCCAGUGUUACGGCUGUGAGAGCAGGUUCUGGCUCGCCGCCAGGAAGCAUCACUGCAGUGGCAGGGAGCCUUUCCAGGAGGUCUGGAAUUGCGGUAACGUGUUCUGUGCCAGCUGCUGCGACCAGAAGAUCCCAGUGCCAAGCCAGCAGCUUUUCGACCCCAGCCGCGUCUGUAAGACUUGCUACGGCAGCCUCAAGCUCAGCCCGGCCCCCCUGGACCUGGACCGGGAGAAACCCGUCACAGCCAGCUCCAAUUGAGCCUCGGAGCACGGGGACGAGCAGCCGGCCGCCGACACGGGAGCACUGCUAAGGAAGAGCAGAAUGUCCCAUGGACUUUGUGCGAGUGUGUGUGUGUGUGUGCGCCACAGAGAUGGAAUCUAAGAUGUAUAUAUACGGAGGAUGACGUGGCAGAGGAGCUGAAUGACGUGUUGGUGAGAUGCCGAGCGCUCCUUGAAGGUGGGUGUGCACAGGGGCGGUGUGAAUGUGUAUGUGCGUGUGCUCAAAUGCACACAUUUGCCACACACAUGGAUUGUGGCGGUGACGGCAGAAUGGACAUCCUGGUGCCGUGGGCCAGGAGGCGGAGUCUCACUGUGCUGCUGGAGUCUCUUGGAGCGCUUCGGUCCAUCGGAUCAUUUCUGCUCAUCCAGACUCUUCGUCAGACUCUUCCCUCCCAUCAUCUCAAAGAUUGGACUACUUUACCUUUUGAGGAUGCAUCGUCAGUAGCAACAUGGACAAUCUCCCGGCAACCCCGAGGAAGUCAACCAGCGUUCACACCGUCUGGGUAGCUGAUGGUCACAAAUGACAAUGAGGCAAAUCUGGACGGGUCGGUUCACCCAAAUUGCAAAACUAUGUUACCUCUCUUCCUCCGGCGGGGUCUAACCGGGAAUACAAUUUGCUUUUAAGUAGUUUUGAGAUCUCAUUUCUGAGAUUUCUGCUGCCACAGGAGGAUUCAUCCAAUCCUUUUACCAAUUCAUAUGUUCUGUAUUUUAUCAGAAUAUAGUGAAAUGUAUAUAUUUUUUACAUUUGAGAACCUGACACCAGAGCCUGUUUUCUGCAAUUUGUCUAGUCGAUUAUGAAAUAACACAUUUGUUGUGGCUCACAGUGCUGAAAAAUAGCUCCACUGAUUUAGUAAUAACCUUCCAUACAGUUGGAGGAUCUACAUUAUAUAUAUAUAUAUUUGUAAAAACAAUUUUUGUCCAAAUUGAUGCUGCGGCGGCUGAUAUAUGUAUCUUGACUUUAGUGUUUUUCAAGCUGAAGGUGCGAUAGAUUCUCCAAACUAGAUCCUUCCUCGCUGGUCUCCUCCCACAUCUUUAAACGUUCUCGGCCUUCUGCUUCUCCACAUCCUUGGAAAGACAACUCUGAUGACAUCAUAUGCAUUUUUUUUAGACUUGAUCAACACCCUUCUACAACUGUUUACACUGGCUGAGUCGUACGUAAACAGAUUUGUAUGUGGAAAAAAAUUGUUACAAUAUGUACCCAUUAAUAGAUAAUCCACAAUUUUGUAAUUUUGGUGAACUGGCCCUUUAAAAUCCUCUUAGCUGAAUCUCAAUUUACAUACUUGGAAGAAAAGAAGAAAGUGUUGUGGAGCAUCUGCAUCAGUCUGUUAAUGAGUUGAGUUUCCACCCGGUGACUCGGCAUCCUCCAGGUUCAGGGUUUCACGAUGUUUGUCUUUCUCAAAGUACUUCUUUUGAAAACUUUUCCCAUUCAGUGUGGAGAGGUUAUUAUUAUUAUUAUAAUAUAUUUUUUAAAUGUAAUGACCCAUGUGAGUCUUAAAUAGGACUAGUUAGUGAUCUGUAGAGCAGGCUUUGAAACACCCGACCCUUUAACAGCUGCUGGCCGCUCGGCUCUGAGUAAUCUCUCCUGUUAGCCAUACCUUCAUGCCCUUCACUUUUUACCCAGCAGGCACUGGGAGCUGAACACGUUUCAGUCUCUCGGUUGAAAUCACGCGCAAAAGUUGUGAAUUUGACACGUUUUACAUCAAAUUCCUAAGACAACCUAUUCUCAUUUUAUUCAGUGUAAUAACUUUAUCUGAGGGCGCAGUCCACCAUGACCUCACUUGUGAGCUCCGCUGUUCUAGUCUGAACAGUUCCAGGAGCGCAGUGGCGACAGAAAGGGCUCUUAGGUAUUCACACGUCUGUAACGCCCACAAGAAACACUUCUUGCACACGCACACACACACACACACACACUGUUUUGUAAAAUAAAUGAAUAAAAUAAUAUAUUCAGAUACCUAUAUAGCAUUUAAGAAAGAUGUAUAGAAUCCUUGAAUAGUGGCUCACUUAGUCACAAAAAGUUGUUUUUUUUAAUCACUGUUUUGUUAUGUUAUUAAUUGCAGAAAAAAAACACUUUUGCAACCUGUCGAAGACGACGGGUGUUUUUUUUGUUUUGUUGUAGCGACGCAGGGUGUCCUGUCUUUAUGCUGCAGUGGUUUUCCCGUUUAAAUGCGAUCAUUAUUUUUAAUUUAUUAAAGUUUUGUUCUUGCUGAAUUGCUGUUUGAAAUCCAGACGAUUCAACAUGCCACCGGAUAAUCAGCGUUUACUGAGAUGAGGAGCGAGAGAAGGUUCUGAUCUGUUGCCACGGCGACACUCGGCAUUUCUGUUUGCGUAUUGAUGGCAGAAGAAUCCGUGGCGGGGACCAUUUCCAUAUUCAGAGGGGGGAGGGGGUCGAGUCACGUGUCAUGUGACAAUUCAGAAUGAAUGUACAAUGAGUGUCUGCAGCCAAUGAGAAGUCUAUGCACAGAGAACAGAGGUCCAAAACAAGCAGCCUAAACCCAAAAUAAUAUCACAUGACGCCAUACACACUCAUCUACAAACACUACCUCUACUUUGUACACACGCUUGUUCAUGCACACACAGAUUCCCACUGAGUGUGACUUUCCAGAUAUACAUCAUGUAGAACGGCCUUUUUGUUUUUUAUUCUAUUUUAUUCCCUGUGUCAGCGCGAGCGUUAAGGUGCAGCACACAAUCGGCAACUUUGGUUAUCGGUGAGAUCUUUUAAUCUUUCUUCAGCAGAACGGCCCACUGGUGCCAGAUAGUCGGGGAGGUUCAUACGGGAUGAUGAAGUCUUGACUAUCGGAGGAAAUGCAUAACUAACUGAGUGACCGCAUGAUGCCAUUGAAUCGUACUAGAGCGACAUCACUGAUCAUAUCUGCUGUUGGGUUUAAGUGACCCAGUGGGCAGGUGACGUGUGCAGAGGAGCCGAGGUUAAAGGUGGACAAGUGACAAAAAUACUUGGACAAGUGAUGAGCAACAAGAGAGGCAUUAACUUAUCAAACACUCAUUUACAGAAAUAAUUUUUUUUAAAUUCAACCCACAUCAAUUCAUGUUUUUUUGUCAUCUGAAGAAAUUUAGAGAAACUGAUCCUCAACCAGAAUAUUGACUGAACAUCUGUAUUUUAGAAUUGUGAUGUAAAGCUGGUUAUUCUGGACCAGUGCUCCGAUGACCAGAUGAUUUACUACAAGGACUCACGCUCCCCCAAAGUGUCUUAAGUCAUACAUGUUGACGGAAAAUUGUGUGUGUGUGUUGGGGGGGGACUGGUGCCAAGCAGGUCUCUUACAAGGGGUUACUUUUGAUUCCUCCCCCCUUCUGUUUGAUAAGCACUUUGAACCUCCUCAUGUCUGUCGGAGGAGUGUGUAGCUGUACAACAUAGAAGUCUCCUGUACCAACCAGUGCUCCCGGUUCAGGCUGAAUAUUUUUGUUUUGUCGGAUUUACUUUAAAGAGCAUUACAUUGUUGUAGAAUUUAAAAAGGAAAAAUAAACUAGAGAAACCUUC